AUGAGCAACCUUCACUUCAUCAAGCGUAUGCGAUUCGGGAUCCCACCAUACGACGACGAUGACGAAGACAGCAGUGCCUCCACUCUGCUGAUCGGCUGUGCACCAGGGGAUAACUUCACCUUCUACGAAAAGAAAGAGCCAGAAGUUGGACAAAGCGAUGAUGUUUUGACUAUCAAGAACAUCGAGGCCGGCGAGAGCGAAGAGGGCAAAGAGGGCGAGAACAAGAAAAAGGAAGAGGAUGCAUGUCCCAUACACAUCGCGCUUUGGGGGGAAGGAGGUUCGCCAGACGCAUAA